CGCGGUAGUUCAUUGGUUUAUUUUAAAGAUUACAUCCAAUCAAAUAACUGUUUCUAAUUUGACAACCACCUGACAGACAAGAUGGCUGCCCCCAUGGAAAAUUUCGAGCUUUUGAAAAAAAUUGAGAUUAAAUCUGCUGCAAAUUUGUUACACAGACUUGUAGAUGGAACUUGCCACAGACCAAGACCAAGUUAUGAUGAAUUUUCCAAAGUAUGGUCGCUACAAGACUGGUGGACUCUAACUGAUGCAUAUACCGAUCUUUUCAAGGAAGCUGUGAAAAAUACUUGGACCAAAGACAUGCUGCUUGAAAACCUAGAAGGCCUGGAUGCAGAUUAUAAGUCAGUGAUAUUUGAUGUUAUUGACAGUAGAAGAGCUGAUAUCAGAGGACAAUUGUUAUGUGACAGUCAUGCUAUAUCACAGGCUAAUAUGACUGAUUUUGAUUGGAAAUUAAAGUUGGUGAUGUCAAGUGAUAAAAUAUCAAGUGUGCAAGAGCCAGUGCUCGCCCUGGAUAUGGAAGUGCAGACAACAGACGGAAGAAAAACAGUGUCAGUUGAAUUGAAUAAAGAACAACUUAGUAACAUGAUAAACAGUUUAGAGGGAGCUAACAAGGCCUUGGUGCAGUUGAAGUCGUGACCUGUAUACUAGUUAGGUCUAUAUGGGGCCAGCAGUAUUCAACAUUCAACAAUAUGUGCUAGAGACACUAUCUUCCCAUUAAUUGUGCAAUAAAUUAUAUUUUGUUAUAAAUAAUUGUUAUAUCAAUAUAUGAUAAUUCUGAUUUUAGUUUGUGAAUACAUUGUAUAUGAAAUUGAUGUAAUUGUGUAAAUAAUUGUAAGAGAAUUAUUUCUUUACUGAAUAAGUGUGCAUAUUUGUUUUUGUUAUUCUAAACAAAUGUUGUUAUUUGAUUGUUUGUGAACACAUUGAUGGACCAUUGUUUCAA